AUGCAACGCGUACGUGCAAGCCUCCAGUCUAUUGAUUUCCUUACGUGGAGCAUACUAGAAUCACGGGUUUUCAGGGUUUCGAUGUUGCUGUUCCAAGGCAACGCGUGGAUGCAGAAAGUCGUAUCACUAUAUGGACCAGAGAGAACUCGACAUUCUCCGAUGAUGAUGACUUGUGGGCAGGUCCGUGCCCAACGUUCACAGAAACCCUCACGUCAAAUCAUUGAUUUCGUUCGAGAAACAAAUCGCACCCUGUUUAUGGCUAUUGAAGAAACGGCGUUCGACUCUGUCAUCGUACUUAUAAGGGUAUGCGCUCCCAGAGGCUGCGGUCGCUUGUGUUUGCAUGCAAGAGCGUCGUGGGCUUCGAUGAUAGUCAUCGCAGCGAUCGCGUCGAGUGGUGAGCGCGUCACCGCUUCGCACGAAGGGACCCAAUCAUCUUUAUCUCUUCUCUAA